GAUCAAUGUAAAUAGAAGGGUGUGAGCAAACAAAGAAUGUACAUUAUAUUUCAAGCACAAAGGAUUAUACUGAUCAAGAUAAGAGUGCUAAGCAACGUUUCAUUUACCUGUAGGAGGGACUUUUUAUUCUCUCUUAGCAACCGAGCACUGACGCCCAAACAACAUGUAAGAAAAGUGAUGCCUUUCUCCCAGAACGCAGCAUCUACCCAUAGUGGUUUGCUUUCUAUAUACAUGGUGCAGAGCCAUAUUCACAGCUGAUAAAGGGAACACAAAUUGAAGAUGUCGUUACAACCUCUGGAAGCUGCUGGGCUGAAAAAGUAUUGACCUGUUGUUGAUACUGAGAAGAUAUACUGUAGUUACUGGUGGCAAGAAAAAUGAACCUAUCCAAAAAGAAGGUGACAUUCAGUGAGGCUCCUGUGGUUUUAGGGUCUGCUGGCAAACACGUCCAUUCUGGGAUCCUACAACAUUACCAUCCGUUCAUUGUCAAAAACCUACGUCUUACAUCUCAUCUUUAUAGAAAGCUGAAGGAACAUGGGAUUCUAACUACUGAACAAAUUGGUUUGCUUGAGCUAGAAGAGUUUCCAGACAUGAGGAUAUACAAACUGCUAGAAAUUUUAAAAAGUGCCAGCGCUCAUACAUUCACAAUGUUUUGUGCUAUUCUUCAUGAAACUGGUCAACAUCAUCUAGCACAAACAUUGCAAAAGGCAGCAAGUGACAAUGGACCGUUGUUACCCAACAUAUCUCUGUUCCUGCAACCAAAACAAGUCCAAAAUGAAACCUUGUCAUGGCAGCAUGGAUAUGACAGAGCAAUAAAAGAAGAAAAUAUACAAAAGAGGAGAAAAAUGCAAGGCAUGAGGAGCAAAUAUUUGGCUAACUUGCAAGACAUUGAAGAAAGAAUAGCAUUAGCAAAAUGGGAAAGGGACCUUGUUAUAAGAGAGAGGAACAUUAUCUGGAAUGAGAACCAAGCCCUCCAAAACCUGAACACUGAGCUACAGUCACUGAUUGUGAAACUGAGGGAGACAACUCUCAACUCAAAGGCAAAGCACUUGGGAAUUACUGCUGACUAUAUAGGCAGAAAAGCUAAAAGGCUUCAACCUGUGACACAUUUAAAUUUAACUUACACAUGAUCCAAAUCGUUGCAUGUUUACAAAAAAUAUGUAAAUAAUACAUUGAAUUAGAAUGUUUAUGUAUAUAUGUCAUUCACAACUUUAGCUAUAUCUUUUUCCAUUUUUUUGUUUUAAAUGCACUGCCAUCAUACUUGUUACAUAAAGCAUAAAGUUUGGGAAGUGUGAAACUUUAUGGAAUCUUAAAGUGAUACGGACAAUUCUACUAAUGCAAAAGUGCCCUGGGGAAGGUCCAUGCCAUUGUCUCACCUAUAUCAUUGCUUUACAGCAUUAAAGGUGUUGUUCACCUUUAAAGGGCAUGUAAAGUCUAAAAUAGAAUAAGGCUAGAAAUGCUGUAU